AUGGCGGCCACUUUCCAGUACGCCAAGCAGUACAGCUGGUCCAAGAUCAAGCGCGCCGACUUUCGGCCCGUGCCGACCGAGGAUGGCGAGGAGGAGCGCGUCUCGAGCGAGCGUCUGCUGGAAAAGGGCUCGCCGCGCUGCCCAAGCGCGCCGGAGCCGCAGUCCAUCUGGCGCGACCGGACGUUUCUCCUCGUCCAUAGCGCGCUGCUGAGCGUGUAUCUGCUGCUCCUGGCUCUGGUGGCGGCGAGCAAGAGCACGUCUUGCUCGGGCGUGCCUGGCGUUGCCUAUUCACCGGCGGCAAAGGUCAUUGAGUGGAGCGAUACCAAGUUUACCCUCGAGGACCAUAUUCAGGAUUCAAGCAUCUACUCGGGCCCGCCGUCUGCGGAACUCGACAAGGCCUGGCACGAUUUGCUAAACAGCCAGAAUGUGCGGGUAGAAGGCAAAUACUUUAAACACCACGGCCGCGAAAAGAUUGGCGUCGCCGUGCCGGGCACCAGCGACUACAUUGGCACGCUCAACGUCUUUCACGAGCUGCACUGCAUCAAGCGCCUGCACCAGUUCAUGUAUCCCGACUACUACUUUCCCGACUUUACGCCGCACCAGCUGGACAUGAACCGGCUGCACAACGAGCACUGCCUCGACUUUUUACGCCAGUCGGCCAUGUGCCACGGCGAUAUUGGCCUGAUUACGUACAUCUGGCGGCCCGACAGCCGCCUGCCCGUCGUCAACUCGACGUCGCAUCAGUGCGUCAACUGGGAGAAGCUGUACGCCUGGAGCGAGGACCGCGCCGUCGACAUGCUUAGACCGGGGUGGCUGGUCCACCCGACAAAGGGCGUCGUAUACCCGGAUGGCGAGGGGGACCGGAUCGGGGCCAUUGACAAGGAGCUGCACCACUGA